UAAAGGGCUGCCACAAAAAUGGAGUGAGACUAUUUUCAAAAGCACCAGAAGACAAGACAUCUGUAUCCAACAAUGGAUACAAAUUAACUAAAAAAAUAGAAGUAACCUAAAAAGAAGAAGAAAUUUCCUGACUGUCAGAAAAAUCAACCAGUGGAACCCCUUGCCUUUAGAAUUUGUAGGCUCUCCAUUCCUGGAGGCUUUUAAUAAGAGACUAGACAGCCCGUUGUCUAAAACGAUAAGGGGGUUGGACUUGGCGACCUCCAAGAUCGCUUCCAAUUCUGUUAUUCUAUUCUAUUCUGAUCGCCUACGCUAGGCCUAUCCAACCAUGCAUGCAGCCCUCGACAGCUAAUAAUGCAGCCCUACAACAUAAUAAUAAAUACAAAAAACACUGAGCCUUCCUGCAAAGAAAGUUUAUUUAUGUAUAUUAACUAUAGUAUAUAGUUGCAUUGUAUAUAUUUUAUAUACAACCCAAGACAAUUCUUAACUCAAUGAACACCAAAAUGUCGGACAGCUGCAAUCUAUACUUCGCAGGCUCAAACCUCCUCGGCGCUUGUUUGGAGAAGCCAGCGGAAAAAUCCUAGGAGUGAAUAACAGGGACCGUCGCGGUAGACGAACCUCUGCGUAGCGCUGCCCGGGACGCGUUUGCAGGAGCGCUCCCCGGUGCUCCCCCCACCGCCUUUUCCAACGCGCUAAGGUUCCUUCCAGACGCGAGGCGUCCCUCGGGGACAGGCGAAGGGCCUGCCGAACAGGGCGCUCCACAGCCGGGAGACCUCCUUCGACUUCCACAAGCCCCAAGGGACGCAGUCUCCAGCGCCCUUCCACCGUGCCAACUCGAGCUUACCGUCCCCACCUUCUCCGGCCAGUCCCUUGUUGCAAGCAGCACCGCCUCUCUCCUUUGCGCGCAGCCGCAGCAAGGCGGAAUUCGUCCGACCCUGCCCUGGCGGGAUGUCUCUGCUUCCCAAGCGGUAUCCCAGAGACGACGGCGGCGGGUGUAACUGGGCGAGGGCGCAGACUAGAAGGAAGGGCUACCAUUUGGCCGGCCGCUGUUGAACCUUCCUGUAGGUACUGUGCGUGUUCUAGGUCAGCCGGCUUCACGCUCUGGCUCGGCGGCAAAAGAAAAUCAUAUGGGAUAAAUAAAGCAAGCAAAUACUUCAAGUGAGUUGUAUCAGGAAAAAGAACAUGUGGAAAAACAGGGUCUAGAAAGCAGAAAACGCUUUGGAAGACUGAUCCUUCCUCAGAAUGAGCAGUCCUUUGUCAUCCUCCAGUUUGCUUCCAGGUCCAUCUACCUCGGGGACACAGUUAGCAGAGACUUCUGUGCGAGAACGCGUGAGAGAGAAACUGAAGACUGCACGAAUAGGUGAUCAUUUGUUGAGUGCAGUACAAAGAAAAGAAGGCAAGUUAUCUACAAGAGUGAAGUUUCGCGAUGUUGUUAGAAGAGGCAAACAAAAACCACAGAUUCAGAUACAUUAUCCUUCUCCUGAAGAAGCCUAUAAUUUCUUUACUUUCAAUUUUGGUCCUGAGGAAGAGAAUGUAGGGGAUAAUGGUGAAAACAAUGAAAAGAAUGCAUCAGAUCUAGAUGACAAGAAAUCUACACUCAGCAAUCAGGAAGAAGAAGAAGGAUAUGAAAUGGAUGAAGAGGAACAUCUUUUCCAUGAUAAAGAUAAUGAUGGCGUACUUGUUAUUGAACAGACAUGUCAAGAUUUCUUAGAAAUUAGACCUGCAGAAUAUGAAAGCUAUUCUGGAAGGGUUCAGAAAGAGAAAGAUACUUUAUUUAUUCCCAGUAUGUUAAGAGUACCUCCCUCUCUGAAGAUGCCUGAAAAUAUGCAACCACGGUUUCUUGAGGAUGAAGGUUUCUACAUAGGAGAACGUCCUGUUGUAUCAUUAUCCAACCAGAACAUCAUGGAGAAUAGGAUACUCAAGCAGGAACAGGGGAAAAAGUGGUUUGGAGAUGAUGGUCAAAUUUUAGCCUUGCCCAAUCCAGUUAAACAAUCCCUUACUAGACCUCCAUCGUUUCUUACAAAGGGAGACCAAGAUACGGACCUUGUGAUCUUUUAUAAAAAGGCUCUAAAAAUGAGACUUGCCAACCAGUACAUUGUUGAAAAUGAUGAUCUACAAAGUUGCUUUCAGUUGGAUAUUGACAUUUCAGGAUUAAUAUUCACACAUCAUCCUUGCUUUAGCCGUGAACAUGUUCUGGCAGCAAAACUGGCUCAGUUAUUCGAUCAAUAUCUUUCCGGGAAACAGAGAAAUGUUACUAAACUCCUUACAGAUAAGCUUCAUGCUCUCAGAAAUGCUUUACAAAAUAUUUUGGAUACUACUGAAAGUGGAAUUCCAAACUUAGUAGUCCAACAAAGCGUAACUGAUUAUAAGCUUGAAAUAAGGAAAACAAGAAGACUUCGCGAUAAUGAACAAGAAAAAGAUCGAACCUUGCUGAAAGCCAUGAUUAAAGUCUGGAAAGAAAUAAAAUCCAUGCGUGAUUUUCAGAAGUUUAUUAACACACCCCUGAAGCUCUUCAUGAGAAAGGAAGAAGUUGACCUGAAGUUGGAUGAGAAGGCCUAUGAGGCAGAAAUUCAGGCUGAAAUAGCUGAAUUACUAGAAGAAAAUAGUGAACAGUAUGAAAAGAAAAUGGACGAAUAUAAAACUGAACUUCGGGCAUGGAAAACAUGGAAGAAAGCACAGAAAAACCAAAAGAAACAAAAGAAGAAAUCAAGUCAACACUUGGAAGAUGAAGAAUCUGAGCAAAUGGAGGAACCUUUGAAACCUCUUCCACCUCCCCCAAUUGACCAACAGCAGGUGGAGUUGCAAGUUCGCAGAAAAGCUGCUGAGAACAGAAGGCAGCCUGGAGAACCCAUUCUAAUCCCUGAAUUAAGCUUGGUGGGGAGCAUCACUCCGAAUGAGGCUUGUCCUAGAACUGAAGUUGCAAGACGUGAAGAUGUGAAGAAAAGGUCUAUCUUCUUAAAAAUUCUUUUGAAUUCCAAAGAGGUGUCUAGAACAGUUUCUCGACAGAUGAGCUCAGACUUUAGAAUUCAUGUUGGACAGAUUUUUAAUGUGCAAAUAUUCAACUGGCCAGAGAGUUUAAAAUUGCAGGUUUAUGAAACAAUUGGACAUGGCAGUGCUAACUUGUUAAUGGAAGUAUUUGUGCCCAUCCCGGAGACGACUGUCCUGACAGGAAGAGCUCCAAUCGAAGAAAUUGAAUUCAGCAGUGACCAGUGUGUAACACUGGACCAUGAAGGAGUGGGCAGUGGGGUUCCAUUUUCAUUUGAAGCAGAUGGUAGUAAUAAUAUGAUUUUAAUGACUUCUGGUAAAGUGUCAUGCAGUGUGUCCUGGGCUGUUGGAGCAAAUGGGAUACCACUGGUUCCUCCGGUGUCACAGAAGAACUCUGCUCUUUCAAGGUCCUUAAAAAAAGUGGAUGCUAUUACAUCAAUUGGCACAUCUGGAUUAACUGACAUGAAGAAAUUAGCCAAGUGGGUGACUGAAACAAAACUUGAUCCUAACGAUCCAAGCAACGCAGCCCUGAUGCAGUUUUUAAAAAUUACUCCAUGUGGUGAUUCUUCCAUCCCAGAUUUCCUUCGACUGGAGCAAUUGCAGCAAGAAUUUAAUUUUGUUUCUGAUGAGGAAUUUAAUAUGUCCAAAAGAUUUUGGCUUCUUGAGCUCAGAAAGAAUGAAGUAGCUGAAUUUCAAAAUUAUAAAUUUGUUCCUUUAUUGGAAAGAGAGAUCAGUGAAAAAGUUUUGCAGGACUAUGAGAAAAGAUUGCAGAAGAAGGAUGCCAUUGAUACUAAGGAUUAUUCAGAUGACCACAGAGCAAUUGUUGCAAAGUACAUGGAAAAGGUUAGGGAGUCAGUAAUUAAUCGUUUCCUGAUCGCAAAGCACCAUUUUGUUAUUUCUGACUUGGUCAAUGAAGAUGAAAUCCCUACUAUUGGCGUUUUGAGUGGCAGCCUGUUUAAACUGGCCGAAUCAAAGCGACCCUUAAAGCCAAGGCGAAAAGAGAGGAAGAAAGUAAUGGCACAGAAUCUCUCAGAUGGUGAUAUAAAACUCUUGGUUAAUGUUGUUAGAGCGUUUGAGCUUCCUGUUAGGAAGUCUGCUGGGAGCAAACUUCAGCAGCCAUCUAAAUCAUCGUGGGCUUACAAUGAGAUGUUUGUUGCUCCUGCAACUCCACACAGCCCCAACCACAGUAUGGACUGGACAUUUAGCCAGGUUUCAGUUCGGCCUUUUGUAGAGGUUUCUUUCCAGCGAACAGUUUGUCGGACGACCACCGCAGAAGGAUCAAAUCCAAACUGGAGUGAAGAAUUGGAACUUCCAUUUAGAGCUCCUAACAGUGACUAUAGCAUCUCUAGUCUGCAGUCAGUGAAGGAUGACAUCUUCAUUAACAUCUUUGAUGAAGUACUGUAUGAUAUCUUAGAGGAUGACCGUGAAAGAGAAGUUGGUGGAGUCCAUACCUGUAUGGAAAAGCGUUGGCUUGGAUUGGUUCGGAUACCAUUUACAACAGUAUAUUUUCAAGGAAGAAUUGAUGGCACAUUUAAGAUUGAUACUCCUCCUGUUCUUCUUGGCUAUAGCAAAGGGAAAAAUGUGGAAAACGACAGAAAAUAUGAUUCCGUACAGCAACUCAGUGAUGGUUCCUACCUUUCAUUGUUCAUUACAAUUGAACCUCAACUCAUUCCUGGAGAAUCAAUUCAAGAAAGGCUUGACACUCAAGAAGAUGAGAAGCUUCUUCAAGCAGCUGAAAGAUAUAAAGCUGAUUGUGCCUUGAAAUUUCCAGAUCGCCAAUGCCUGGUCACUGUAAUUGACAUCAGUGGAAAAACACUCUUUGUUACGAGAUUCAUCAGAGCGCUCAACCCCCCAGACGAGCUCCUACGAGUUCAUCCAGACAGUCCACAGCAAACCUCCGAAUUAGUUGCCCGAUACGUAUCCUUGAUUCCUUUUUUACCCGAUAUGGUAUCAUUUGCUGGAAUUUGUGAUCUGUGGAGUACUUCUGAUCAGUUCCUUGAUCUUUUGGCUGGAGACGAAGAAGAACAUGCUGUGCUAUUGUGUAAUUAUUUUCUUGCUCUUGGCAAAAAGGCCUGGCUUCUAAUUGGGAAUGCUGUUCCGGAGGGACCAACAGCUUAUGUGCUAACUUGGGAACGAAACCAGUAUGUGAUUUGGAAUCCAAGUCGUGGGCAUUUUUAUGGACAAUAUGAUGCGUUCUGUCCAUUGAAAAGGGUCAGCUGUUUGAUUUCUGCAGACAAUGUUUGGUUUAAUAUUCAACAGUAUGAUUCCCCACCAAGAAUAAAUUUCGAUGUCAAUAAAACCAAAUUUUGGAAACCUUUCUUUUCUAGAAGUUUACCAUUCCCUGGUCUCUCCAGUGUUCAGCCUGAAGAACUUUUCUACCAAAAUGCGGACAAGGCUGUCGCACUACAUUUACAGAACAGGCUUGAGAAGAUAUUAAAAGAAAAAAUCAUGGAAUGGCGGCCAAACCACUUGACACGUUGGAACAGAUAUUGUACCUCUGCACUCCGGCAGUUCUUGCCUCUGUUAGAGAAACAUCAAGGCAAAGAGGUAGAAGAAGAUCAUCAGGCAGAAUUACAAAAACAACUUGGAGACUACAAGAUCUCCGGAUUUCCCAUCCACUUGCCAUUUUCAGAUGUUGCAUCUAUUGUUGAGGCUACAUAUAGUACGGGAGUUCAUAAAACUGAAAUUCCAAACACAGAAUUUGCACUGGCUGUGUAUGUUCAUGCUUACCCCAAACACAUUCUUUCUGUGUGGAUUUAUGUGGCUUCAUUAGUUCAUAAUCGAUAGGACUCUAGAGAAACAGAUUGGCUUCCAUCGUUUCCAGGAGAUUCCAAUAGUUGCCGCUGUUCAAGAAAUUUCUUGCCUGAGCCCAUAGUAGAGUUAAAGUUUGUGUACAGAAACAUCUUUGUGGUGGCAUCCCAGGGGUUUUGGUGCCGAAGUCCAAGGGCUACUAACACUAUCAAGGAGGCUGGCAAGAAUGAGCAACCAGACGUUGAAAGCCAUUGGUACUGCGCGUGCUUAGUCAACCAUAUCCUUCUGUAUUUCCUGUCACAUCAAAGCAGAAACACCCUCAUCUCAGAUUUCAGCUUGUCCAGAAUGAGGCCGCGCGAGCGAUCGUGGGUGCGCCUCGUUUC